AUGCAGGCCAAGAAGCGGUACCUGCUCGUGUCUGUGGGGGCCGGUCUUCUCUUCCUCAUCUACCUGUGGGGUCUGCAAAUCGGGGAGUUCCAGCAGCAGCCGCCGUACCAGUAUCAGUACCAGUUACCCCAGGACCCGCAGUACCACCAGUAUCAGCUGUACCAGUACUCCCACCAGUAUCAGGACGUGUACCAGCCUCAGCCGCUGCCUCAGAGGAGUCCGUCCAGACCGCCCCGGCACUGGCCGGUGUCCACCGCGCUGCUGCAGCCGUACCUGGAGGGAGGCGAGCAGGAGGAGGACAGCCCUCAGCUGCAUCACCAGCACACCUCCCCUCAUGAACGACGGGCGAUCCGCGACAUCAUCUACAAGAACAAACGCUGCCGCAUGGAAACCUGCUUUGACUUUGCCCGCUGCCAGUCUGGCUUCAGGAUUUACAUCUACCCUCCGCAGAGAGGGGACGAGAUCUCGGAGACCUACAGAAAGAUCCUGUUGUCAAUCGAAGAGUCUCGCUUCCACACCACGGACCCCACAAGGGCCUGUCUGUUUGUUCUGGCGGUGGACACGCUGGACCGGGACCAGCUCUCUGCUCAGUACGUCCAGAACGUCAGGUCCCGCAUCCAAAGCCUGCCCACGUGGAGCGAUGGCAGGAACCACCUCAUUUUCAACUUGUACUCCGGCACCUGGCCGGACUACACGGAGGAUCUGGGCUUCGAGGUGGGCCAGGCCAUGUUGGCCAAGGCCAGUGCUGACGUGGUCAACUUCAGGCCAAACUUUGAUAUUUCCAUCCCUCUGUUCUCCAAGGAUCACCCUCUAAAGGGCGGCGGGAUAGGUUAUCUGACGCUCAAUGAGGCGCCACCGUCCAGGAAGUACCUGCUGGUUUUCAAGGGGAAGCGCUACCUCACUGGCAUCGGCUCAGAGACGAGGAACGCUCUUUAUCACAUCCACAACGGGGAAGAUAUUAUCCUGCUGACCACGUGUAAACAUGGCAAAGACUGGGAGAAACACAAGGACUCUCGCUGCGACAGAGAUAAUGAAGAAUACUCAAAGUUUGACUAUCAGGAGCUGCUCCAUAACUCCAGUUUCUGUCUGGUUCCUCGAGGACGACGUCUGGGUUCCUUUCGCUUCCUGGAGGCCUUGCAGGCGGCCUGUAUACCAGUUAUUCUGAGUAACGGCUGGGAGCUCCCAUUCUCUGAAGUGAUCAACUGGAGGAAAGCUGCCAUCAUCGGGGACGAGAGACUGUUGUUGCAGGUUCCUUCCAUUACUCGGUCUGUGGGCCGUGACAGGAUCCUGGCUCUCCGCCAGCAGACCCAGUUCCUCUGGGACGCCUACUUUUCCUCUGUAGCCAAAAUCGUAUCAACUACUCUGGAGAUCAUCCAGGACCGCGUGGUCUCCCAUGUGACGCGAAACCACUUGCUGUGGAACUCCCUGCCUGGUGGUCUCUAUGCACUGCCCCAGUACUCGACUGAUCCCGCCCAGUUCCCUUUUUACUACGGCAUACUGGGUAAAAGUCCGUCGCAGCAGUUCACAGCUGUGAUCCACACAGUGACGCCGCUGCAGGCCCAGAUCUCUCCUGUGGUGAAGCUCAUCAUCGCUGUCGCCAAGUCCAAGUUCUGUGCACAGAUUGUGGUUUUAUGGAACUGUGACAAGCCUUUACCUCCCAGGGACAAGUGGCCCUCCACCAGCGUGCCUCUCACUGUCAUUGAAGGGCAGACCAAGACGAUGAGCAGUCGUUUUUAUCCCCACGAUGUCAUCCGCACUGACGCCGUUCUCAGUCUGGAUGAAGACUCGGUCCUCUCAACCAACGAGUGUUUCGGGUCAAAAGUGACCAGUGUCAACACCAUCCAUCAUCGUCAACCGCUUAUCUGGGAUCUGGUUACGAGGGUAGCAGCUCUAGCAGGGGGCCCAAGACUUUCCACAUCAUCAAGCACUGACUGGGGGUUCCCCAGGUGGUCUGAUGCCAGUGAGGAGAUUGGUCACCACCGAGUCCUUGGUCUGCCCCUAGGAAUGAAGAUCGACUGGCAGAUCAUGAGCUUUGCCUCUUGGCUCAGCUCCCUUUUCAUCACAACACAAUACCGCUCCCCCUACUCCGAUUCUCCAACCAAUCACAUGCUCCGUUGUUCCCCUUAG